CUUCAUGAUCCCAUACCUCAUCAUGCUGAUACUAUGUGGCAUUCCUCUGCUCUUCAUGGAGUUUGCUAUUGGGCAGUACACUCGUUUAGGGCCUGUACAUGCUCUUGCCAAAAUCUGUCCCUUGUUAAAAGGUGAGUGUCUCUCCAGGCCAAAGUCUCCUCUUAUUUGACGGGGAUGAUGACUUCUCUUUCAUUUUCACAUUUUUGGGGGACAUUCUUGCAAAGGUUCUUGCAAUGUUUUUUUUUGUUAUUGCUAUGUAUACAAAGUACAAUGAGUAUGUAAAGUACAAUGUUUUGCUCAUUUCUAAAGAGAAAAAAAAAGAGUUGCAGUUGUUUUAUGUAGAUUUUUUUAUGUCACACAAACACAACACAACACUUCAAAUCCUAUUCUACAAACCACAAAUUAAAAAAGUCAUUACAUUUUUGCUAAAGUUGCUGCAUUGAAUAUAUUGCAAAACACAUUGAGACCUGUAUGAAAAAAUUUGUAUACCAUUGAGAUCUUUGUCAGAUGGAAAGUGGGCGUUGUUUCAUCUCAACUGAAUUGGAAAAAUGAUAGACGUAGACAGGCGCCCUUUGAUUGGCCAGAAGGGUUCUCUGAUCUGAUCUGAGAUAUGUGGUGCAGUAUGAGAGACUUGGCAGAUUCAAGCAGUUAAUUUGCUUUCUGUUUGCUCUUUGAAAUGAAAUCUGCCCUUUUCUGUCUGAUAAAUGGAUUGUCUUCACAUGUUGAUGGGUGAUAACUUGUUAAAGGAACAUUUCAAUCCUGGUCUUUUUUUACUUCAUUAUCAUACUUUUUUUUUUUUAAUUACAUUCUCUGGAACCGAAUGAACAUUAAAGUAUAUAUCACUAAAAAAGAAAUGAUAAAAUCAACUGAACCAUGAACUGAAUAUCCAUAAAUUAUGUGGAUUAUAUUAUGGGUGACUGAAGAUGUGUUUUCACAAUCUAUUUUAGUUAUUUAAACACAUGUGGAUCCGUAGAAAGGGUUGUUUGUUUAAAAGCUUACAGUGCUUACGAAAACAAAUCCCUCGCCAGCAGGUGUUUGAUUGUAAAUCCAACAAAUGAAUGAACUGAAAUGUGUGGACUCGGAGAGCGCUGGCAGUCACCCAGCAGCUCAUUAAACUGAUUCCUGUCCAAAUCAAACAAGAGCCCACCCAUCAACAAUCAGUACUUAUGGGUGUGAAUUGAAAAUGCUGUCUGACUUGUUCUAACUUCAAAUUUUUCUCCAUAGUUUUCUUAUUUCCUUUAAAGACAGAGAUUAUCUACCCGGUCAAAACGUAUGGGUCCUUCACUUGAUUUAUCGCUCAUUUCUUCCUGAUAAAUGCUCUGUGCUAAACAAGGUCCAAAAGCAGGUGUUGGUCUGGCCACAGUUGUUAUCUCCUUUGUGUUCUCCACGUACUACAAUGUCCUCAUGAGCUGGGCACUUUUCUAUUUAUUCAACUCAUUCGGAGCGACCCUCCCCUGGACGUCCUGCAACAACACCUGGAAUACUGUUGGAAACUGUUCCAAUGGAUUCCCUGGCAAUGCCACCCACCUGCAGUCUGCCAGCCAACAGUUCUUUGAUCACAGGCUUCUGGAGAAAACCAGUGGCAUUGAAGAAGCUGGUGGUCUUCGCUGGGAACUCUUUGGCUAUCUUGUUAUUUCCUGGGUCAUCGUGUACUUAUGUAUAUUUAAAGGUGUCAAAUCUACUGGCAAGGUUGUGUAUUUCACUGCUGUAUUUCCGUACUUCAUCCUGUUUGCCCUGCUCAUUAAUAACGUACAGCUUCCUGGAGCCAAGAAUGGUAUCCUCUACUUUGUGACCCCUGUCUGGAGCAAACUGUUUGAAGUGAAGGUUUGGGUUAAUGCAGCUGCCCAGGUGUUUAACUCCAUUGGAAUAGCGUUUGGCUCCAUGAUUUCAAUGGCUAGUUACAACAAGUUCAACAACAACAUUCUCAGGGAUACUUUAAUUGUUUCAUUUGCCAACUCAUUCACGAGUAUCCUUGCUGGCUUUGUGAUCUUCUCAGCUAUUGGCUACAUGGCUCAUAUACAUAACCUCCCAGUGGACAACAUAGCUACAGAUGGUCCUGGUUUGGUGUUUGUUGUGUACCCUGAAGUCCUCUCCACCAUGCCCGUCUUCCAGCUGUGGGCCCCUCUGUUCUUCUUUAUGCUGCUGUGUCUGGGCCUAGACAGUCAGUUUGCCACAGUUGAGGUCGCUAUUACGUUCAUAAAAGAUGAGUUUGGCCCCAUCAUUCUGCACUUCCUAAAGAGAGAAGAGCUGCUGGCCCUGGCUGUGUGCGUCCUUGGCUUUAUCCUAGGGAUUCCUCAUGUUACCAAGGGAGGUAUCUAUGUGUUUCAGCUGAUGGACCACUACACCGCUGUGGUUUCCCUCAUGUUCUUGGCUUUCUUUGAAGUUGUAGCUGUCUGUUGGAUCUUUGGUGUCCCAAGAAUCUCCUUAAUAGUCAAGAGGAUGCUAGGAAAAACUCCAAACAUCUUCUUUCGUGUCUGUUGGAUGCUGUUUUGUCCUAUGUUGGUGCUGUGUAUACUGAUCUCCAGCAUCAUCCAGUACACUCCUGUUCACUAUGGGAAGUACACAUACCCAGUGUGGGCUGAAUGGGUGGGCUGGGGCAUCUCACUGGUCUCCAUAGUGUGGAUCCCACUUGGAGCCAUUCAAGAGAUCUGUAACAACAAAGGCUCACUUCUUCAGAGACAUAAAACGGCUAUGAUUUCCAAAGUAGACCUGGACGCUGAGGAUUCCCUGCCGGAAAAACAAAACCUAGACAACCCAGCAUCUGAAAUCUUGUUGACUUCAGUGGCAUGACCAGGAAUACAGCCAAACCAUAUGUGUGCGUCUCUACAUACCAAACCAUGUGGUAGGAUGUUUAAUGAUGUGCUCUUUAGUCAUAUAAAUAACUGUAUUUACACUGCGA